CUCAAGAUAUUUUAUUUUUUCAAUGAUUUAUAAGACCUUCUUUAUCGGGAGUUCAUAGAGAGGUUGAUAGAGGAGUUCUUAGUGAUUUGUUGAAAAAAAAAAUCAAAAGAAAAAAAAAAUAUAAGAUUUCUCCUUAUAUUAGUAUACUAGAUCGUGGAUUAAGAGAAGCAACGUGUCAGUAGUUCUCUCUCUGGCGUUUCUGUCUCUCGUCUCUCUCUCGGUAGAUCGAUGAUUUUAAUGGAAAAAACUUGAGAGUUCUUGGUAAAAUUGAGAAGUAAAACAGUGGGCAAAUCGUAUUUUACUGGAGAUAUCAUCAUCUCCAUCAACUGCAGCACCAUCGACGGUGGCAGUUCAUAAAUUGGAGAGGGGUUUUGCUUCACAAAAUCGGAGAUUGAAUUAGCCAAUUCUCGAAUUGUUUGGUUCAAUGAUGCGAUGAAUUAGAUUUGUAUUAGAAAAAUUAGGGUUAUAUGUUGAUAGCUGUUUGGGAAUUUGUAGUUUGAUGAGUGUUUGUCAAAUUGGAUUCGACACUUUCCCUGUUUGUUUAAAUUGCAUGCAUUCACUAUAUGCUGAAUCCCUGAACUCGGUUCUGUUAUGGGCAAUAUACAUGAACUGCUUUGUUGAGAACAAGAUGGUUUCUGUUGAAAGGAUCAAACAAUUCACUGACAUUCCAUCUGAAUCCGAGUGGGAGCGCAAAGAAAACCUUCCCCAUUUGAAUUGGCCCUUCCAUGGCAGUGUACAUCUGGAAGACCUCAAGGUGCGCUACAGACCGAACACUCCACUUAUGCUCAAGGGAAUCAGUACUAGGCUUGUGGUUGAUCUGAAGCUACAGUUGACGAAGGAGAGAAUUCUCGAAGACAAAUGGCUUCUUGUUCUUUACGUUUAUGAAUUUUUUUUCCCAAAUGUUCUCGAUUGAUAUUUAUUUUUCCCCUCCUUAUUCUCUUGAUGAUCAAGUAGCUUAGUGUUGUUGCAUAAAUUCUAAAAGUUUCAAUUUAUGGGAAAAAUUCGGGAUACCACUUCCAUUCUAUUUAAAAAUUUUAA